GAAGUGGUAACCUUCAUUCGGUUGGAUAUCUGUUAGCGGGGUAUUUGGUUUCCAACCUAAUUCGUUUGACGAUGGCCAGGGCAGAUAUUGGCAUGAUUGGUCUGGCAGUAAUGGGUCAGAAUCUGGUCCUAAACAUGAACGAUCAUGGAUUUACCGUCUCAGUUUACAAUCGAACUGUUUCUAAAGUUAAAGAAUUUAUUGAGAAUGAAGCCAAAGGAACAAAUAUCAUUGGAACAAUGUCGUUAGAAGAGUUUGUGCAUAGUUUGAAACGUCCUAGGAAAGCUAUGCUCUUGGUUAAAGCUGGUCAAGCGGUCGAUGAUUUUAUUUCGAAACUAGUACCUUUGCUUGAAAAAGGUGACAUUAUAAUCGAUGGAGGAAAUUCUGAGUAUAUGGAUACUGACAGACGUUGUUCAGAGUUAGCUAAGCAGGGGAUCCUUUAUGUUGGGACGGGUGUAAGUGGUGGAGAAGAGGGUGCUAGACAUGGACCAAGUCUUAUGCCUGGAGGUAACCCUGAAGCUUGGCCUCACAUCAAACCAAUCUUCCAGGCAAUUGCAGCUAAAGCCGGAUCUGGUGAACCUUGCUGUGACUGGACAGGACCUGCUGGUUCUGGACAUUAUGUAAAAAUGGUCCAUAAUGGGAUUGAAUAUGCUGACAUGGAGUUGAUAGCAGAAGCAUACCAUUUGUUACGGUAUUUGGGCCAUUUCCAAAAUAAUGGAAUAGCACAAGUUUUCAAAGAAUGGAACAAUGGUCCUUUGGAAUCCUACCUCAUUGAAAUAACUAGUCAUAUAUUUAAUUACCAGAAUCCUGACGGUUCAUACCUUAUUGAUCAGAUACUGGAUGCUGCUGGACAAAAGGGUACUGGUAAAUGGACUGCAAUAUGUGGACUUGAUCAUGGUAUUCCUGUGACACUGAUCGCUGAGGCAGUAUUUUCCCGUCAGUUAUCAUCAAUGAGAACACUUCGUUCAGAAGCAUGUAGUGUGUUAAACACAACACCUGACAAACCAUUUUGUUGUUCUAGUCCAGAAAUUGCAAAGAAGCUUACUGAUGACAUUUGGAAAGUAAGUUCAUUCAUAUUAUGUAUCGCUUUACUUUGAGAAGAAUGUUUUCUAUCAUGCAAUAAUAUGGUUUUUUGUUCUUCUUGAAUGUAUACCUCCAAAAUUACUACUGUUUUGAGUUGGCAUAAUGUAAAGCUAAUUGUCGACUUUGAGGCAUAUAAUAAAUUUAGUAAAAUCAUACAGAUGUAAGUACUGGUUAAGUUAGAUGACUAGUAAUGGCAUAUAACCAAGACUUGAUGAUUAACUAUACGGUAAGUAAAUUUAGCUUCCACCAUAUAGGUCGCAGGUUCGAUCUCCGGUGUAAACACCUCGGUUUGGAUACUCAGAUAGUAUCAUCAACCUUCACAUAAUAUAACUCAAAGUCGAAUGCAUAAACUUUUACUUGGUAAGAUGAGUUGGUUAUUGGGGAUUCAUGAAGAGCAGUUAACUAAAUGGCUAAUCUUUAAAUGUAUCUUGUUUAUCCAAAAUGACAUCGUUGUUUGGGUCCGCAAAAGACAAAUAACUAAAUGCGAUUGAUGCUUAUGUGAAAAUUUAAGGUAGGGAGUUAACAGAUUAAUGGAUUCAUUAAUUAAAAACAAUGAUAAGCAUUUCAACUGUAAGAUAAUGAAAAACAGUGUUUUUUAUUAUGAUGUUAGUCACUCGCCAUGUUCCCAUAUAUUUUCAAGAUUGCCUGCAAAUCGAUAAAAAGCCUUAACUUUUAUAACAUUCACAAAGAACAAUAAUAAUUAUGUUUGCCUAUUCAUUUCGUUUGAUUGUCUGAAUUUCAUGUCAGUUAUCAUAUCUAAUAAUUAUCUUCGUGUUGACAUACAUCUACGCUCCCGAAAAAAGCGUCUUCCAAAUCUAUGUUCCAUAUGAAUGACAUCCUUUUAGUAGCCCACAAAAUUUCGACAUGACUGAAAUCUCUGCUUUCAUGUAUAUCUUGCUAUGAAAAACCAACUAUCCUAAACGCGCCAAUUAUUACGUAGAAUGACCAAAUGCUAUGUAGAUACAUAUAUCACUGUCGAAAUCUGAUCAACAGCUUAUAAUUAUCUCAAUCGAUUUUGUGAAUCUACUCAUCAGCUUAACCUGAGACGUCAGCGCAUGAUAACAAAGCAAAAUAAAAAAGUAGGGCAAACUUCCUGUAACUUCAACUUUUUGUGUAUAGUGCCUUGAUGACAUAAAAUGAUAAAAGUAUUUCCAUGUAAGAUCUAUCUAUACCAUACCUAUCUAAUUUUGGAAGAUAGAGUUUUGAUAUUUCAUUUACAUUGCGAAAGGAUUCUGAUUGCCUGAAUAGUAGUUCAUGAGUGUUAGAAGGAAAUGGUCGUACAUAACCCAAUAAAUUAGUUACAUCCGUUUAUUCUUAAAUUGUGAUCAUAUACUAAUCUGUUGACCGAUAAGUAUGUAGUGCUACCCAGUUCAAUUUAUUCAAAUAUAAUUGUUACUCAGUGCAAAUAAAACAACAAUUAGCGAAAUCAGACAGUUUUUAAACUAUAUUGGUGCAUACCAUAAAUUUCUUUGUAGCCCUUACCUUCUCUUUUUUUUGUAUCGAGCCAACAUCAAUUUUUUUGUCCACUUAUAACAAUAUAAGCCUGAUAAGCUGUUGUUUUAUCGAUAAGCUCUUUCUUCGUGCAUUUGCUUUUUAUUCUGUUAUUUAUUUAAUAACCACAUGACAUGAAAAAAACAAUCCAAUCUUUGCAAAUGAACAGACAAUCAAUAAUUUUGGAGGAGCCAUUUACAAUAUGAAUGUAUCCAACCUCCAUUGAUUAGUAUUAAAUCGUUAUUAAAAUACAUAGAAAUAGUGCACAGCUCAAUUAUCAAGUAAACAUAUAUGUAUGUACUAAACUUAGAAAUUUGGGAGCUAAAGUUAUGUUCAAGUUCCGCUUAUUGAACUAGAUAAAAUGCGUUUACAAACUGAUAUCUUCUUAAUGUAAGUUGCUACUUUGUUUUAAUUGGUUGAAUACUAUAUGGCUACAACUAUUGAAGUGAAAUUCCUUAAACUUUAAUUCUGUGUUUAUUUACAAGGGGCUUUUUUAAACUCAAGAUAAAUGACGCUUCUCGUCUGUUCGUAUUUAAUUAGGCGCCUCUUUCACUGUCUGGUUAAUCAUCAAUAAAUAUGGUUAUUACAAAAUUGUUUCUGCAGUUAUAGUGAAGUAGGAUGAUCAUAGUAUGUCGUCAAGAUGUAUGAGAACUGUAAAUUCGAAACUUCAAGUUAUCGUAUAAUUAGAAUAUGAAAAUAUUCGUCAAAUUUAAAUUCCUAUACAUCGAAGACACUGCUCGCUCUUUCUCACAGGCAUCUAACUUGUUAUCGUUUAAUUAUAGGCAUUGUAUGCAUCAAAAAUAGUUUCUUAUGCCCAAGGAUUCAUGCUAUUGCAACAGGCAUAUCAAGCCUUCGGUUGGAAACUGGAUCUUGGUGCGAUAGCGCUUAUGUGGCGUGGUGGGUGCAUCAUACGCAGCAAAUUUCUUGGAAAUAUAAAAGAAGCUUAUGACAAAAAUCCAAAUCUGAGUAAUUUGCUUCUAGAUCCAUUCUUUAAAAAAGUUAUUGAUGAAUGUGAGGUAAGUUGUGCGAAUAAAUAAUUAUCUAUUUAUUGGUUGGUUAACGAUUGUGAUAAACUAUAUUUUAAUUACAGAAUACUAGGUGUAAUAUAAUGUUUUUUGUGUAGUUCUUAAUCCAUUAGGUGAACUAUUAAACUACUCUAUCUUAAAGCAAUCUUAAUUAAGAUACAAAUACGUGAUUGAAUUACUUUUUGCAAUGAAUCAUGAUACAGUCUAUUCGUGUCAGAUUUACCUUUAACCUUUUAAACGUAACAGGAAGAAUAGACAAGGUUGUAAAUAAUUGCUUUUUUUGAGAGAGAAAGAGAGUAUCAGUAAUUCUGUUUACAAGCCAAAAUUCAAUGAGCAUUUUAAACUAAAUAGUGUAUUAAGAUAGCACUAACAUUGUGAUAAUAACUUUGCUUUUGUUCCUCUAUUUAACAGAUUACUGGUUAAAAGACUGACUAGCAGCCGAAUAGCCUAAACGUUAUCAGACAUGAACAGCAGCCGAAUACAUAUAUUUAGAUGUGCGGUGAAUUAACACAUUGUUAUGCGACUGAUAAUCAUUUCUCAUAGGUCACGAUAUAUUGCUUGCAUUUUAUAUGACGAGUGAAUGAUAAUGGCUAGUAAGGUGGUCAUUUCGUCAUAACCUAGAGUAGAACUUCAAGACAAUCAGAUUAAAAUGUACUAAUCGUUUGCAGGUAAUGCACAUUUAUUACGAUUUAUGAGAUGACGUAAGACGGUAUCCAGUUAUUUUAUCAACUAAGAAAUACAACUUAUAAUUUCCAUGAGUUUAUGCAAUUCUUCUAUUCAUCCUUUUUUUUCUGGACGCAUAGAGUCAGACAGGUUUAUUGUCGGGCCAUGAUAAUCUCGGUAAAAUAAAUAAGCUUUAUGCUUGAACUUGCUGAAGUUUGUCAGUACGCAAAACAGAUCAGUGAUAUCUCCUGUUUUUCUGAUCUGCUUGAUUCACACUUCUAGUAAUUAUUAUUCAUAGUGUUAUUAUGAUUUGCUUUUUAGGAUGGAUGGCGUAGAGUGGUUUCUCAUGGAGCUUUAAACGCGAUUCCUACACCUGUAUUCAGCUCUGCAUUAUCAUUUUAUGAUGGGAUAAAAUGUUCACAUUUACCUGCUAAUUUAAUACAAGCUCAACGUGACUAUUUUGGAGCCCAUCAAUUUGAAAAAACCGACAAUCCAGGCACAUUUGUUCAUGUCGACUGGACAGGUCAUGGAGGUUCAGCAGCUUCCACUACAUAUCAGGCUUAAUUUCAGUAAAUUGUGUGAUACUUAAUCAUGUCUAUAUUACUUAGUUAGAAAAUGAAGAGACUUCUACGGAUUAUCAUGUUUUCAAAAUUCUCUUUUUAUGUACGUUUGUCAGAAAUAAUUUCUUAGAUAAAAAAUUGUAUUCUUAGUAUUAUUUGUACAAGUUGUUUCUCAUAUCACCCUUAAUAAAUUACUCUAGUAAUCAUC